GUAAAUAUAUGUAUGAAGUGUUAAAAUUUAAAUGGACAUAUCACAGAUCACGUAGAGGUUAAGUACAUUCAGUCUUUACCUUUACUAGAUGUGUGAUAUAGUCUUUCGAUUAUGUGAAGUGCAUAAUAAAUAAUAAUUGAAGUUGUUAUUAAUUGGUAUUUAUAAUUUAACAUAAACAUCAUGAAUAUUCUUCCAAAAAAAAGGUGGCAUGUACGGACAAAAGAAAAUAUUGCACGAGUAAGAAAAGAUGAAGCAGAAGCAGCCGAAAAGGAAAGACAAGAGAAAAGAAGAAUAGAACAGGCAGAUAAAGAACUACGUUUAAGUAUUCUUAAGCAAAAAAGUAAAACAAACCUAGAAUCAUUGAAUAUACAAACAAGCUAUAAUAACUUAAAAGAUGUCAAAGGAGAUCUAGAGCAUAUAAAUUUAUUUGACCAUAUUGAACAUUCCCAUAAUAAAACAAAUAAAGAUCAUGAUAGAGAAGUUAAAGAGAAAAAAGAAGAAUAUGAAAAACAAAUUGGCUACUUGACCUAUCUCGGACAAGACACCAAUGAAGCUUUAGGCAAAAAAAAUUGGUAUGACAUAGCACCAGGAUCAUCUCGAUUUUCUAGACCAGAAAAUGUUAAAGACACAUAUGUUAAACUUGUUCUUAAAGAUGAAGAUGGUAAUCAAAAGAAAAUAGAUGUUGAUGUGAAAAAUGGUGAGAUAGGAUGGAAAUCGAAACAGAAACAUGAUCCUUUCAACUCAUUUAAACAUCUAAGAUUGCAAAAAGACAACAAACAAAAAGAUAUAUCUACUAAAUAUAUGGACACCACUACAAAAAACAAAAUUAAACUUAAACUUAAACCUGAAAAAGAAUCCAAUCUUCAAAAGCUUAGAGAAGCAAGACUCAAACGUGAACAACAAGAGAAAUAUAAAGCUGAAUUAUUUUUAUCAACAUUAUCUGGCAUACCCAGCAAUGAGAAGAAAGAUAAAGUUCCUAAAGUAAUACCUAAGUAUAAUUCACAAUUUAACCCAGAGAUAGCCAGACAAAAUUAUAAAUAGUUCGAAGUAAACAAAAAUUCUAAAUAAAAUAUGUUUAUUAUGGAAUAUAAUAUACAGGUAUCACCAAUUCCACGUCAUUAAAUUUGUAUUGCAGACAUCCCUACUAAUUGGCAAAGAAGACAGAGGGUAUAGUCCGAGAGAAAAAUCCAGAUUAUAAAACUCUCAGUACUCUUUUAAAAUAAAUCAUCAAACAAAAUGGCAAACAACACUUAUUGUAAAACAAAUAUCGCAAAUUUAUUUGAAGUAGCCUGUCUAGCAAUAGUCCCAGAACCUUUUAUCAACUAGAUAAUCGGUAACAUAGUAUGCCUUUUUACAAAGCUUUUCUUUAAUACAUUUCUUAAAUUUAUUAAAAUGCUGGGAUUUUAUUAAAGAAAUUACCCCUUUUCCCAAAAAAGAAUUACUAAUAGUCAUAGGUAAAGAAUUACUAAUACUCGGAAAUUGCAGCCUGCGUUUGUUUCGGGUAUUAACAUUAGACGUACGUUCUAUUCCAGUAAACUUAUCACUAUUUUUGUACAUACAUAAUAUUUUCAUAAAUAUAUUGCGAGGAAAAGGUAAGUAUAUUAAUUUCCUUGAAUUUAUCUCUCCCGAAUAGCUUUCUACUUCAAGGUGAAAAUAGUUUCGACAUCAGCAGGAAGACCCUAUAAUAAUAAGCCAUAAGUCAUUAAGCUCUGAAAGUAACUAAAAUAAACAUAUCUAGCUGUAUCAACAUCAGUUAGUGCUCACUUUUUAACCGCGUAAGCUGCAGAACUAAGUCUUUUC